GUCUGGUGGGAGCUUCAUAAACUCACUGACAGAACACAAAGAAACAACAGCCACGUAAUUCGCUGUUUUUAACUGAAAUUUUGAAGAAAAUAUCGUACAAUUAAAAAAAUGGUUACCGACGUCCAUUUAGCGAUAUUGGCCAAUGCGCUUGGUGUCACUCUAUUCCUAUUGGUAGUGCUAUAUCACUACAUAAAUGCAAACAAUUCGAAAUAAGACAUAAUUUGAUUGUAAUUUUGUAUGUAAUAAAAUAAAUAAUGUAAGCAGAAAAA